AUGUACCUGAGCCCACGUAGCCUCUCGGCUGAGCCGUCGGAGAACCCCGUCGCUCUGCCGGAGUCGAUCCACCACGCUGUCUGCGAUGAGGAUGAAGGUAUCCAGGGGAAGGAGGAGGAGGAGGAGGAGAAUGUGAUGGAGGAGAUCGGGAAAGAAGGGAAGCGUAAGAGGAAGGAGGAAAAGGGGAAGAAGGAGAAGAAAAGGCACAAAGGCAAGGCAGGGGGGAUUCUGACAAACAAGCUCUUCUCAGAGCUCGCCAUCUCUGAGCUCACUGCCAAGGCCAUCGGAGAGAUGAACUACACCCACCUCACCCAGAUUCAAGCCAGAUCAAUACCGCACCUGAUGCUAGGGAGCGAUGUGCUGGGUUCAGCCAGGACUGGCUCAGGGAAGACACUCGCUUUCCUUAUUCCGGCCAUCGAGCUGCUACACAAGGCGCGCUUCACGCCGAGGAAUGGUACCGGAGUUAUCGUGGUUUGUCCGACAAGGGAGCUCGCUAUGCAGACGCACAAUGUCGCCAAGGAGCUAAUGAAGCAUCACUCGCAAACUCUUGGAUAUGUGAUUGGUGGCACUAACAUGAGAAGCGAGGCCAACCAGCUCGUGGAAGGGAUCAAUCUGUUGGUCGCGACGCCGGGCAGGCUUUUGGACCAUCUGAGAAGUACCGGUGGUUUCAACUACAAAGGGCUACAAUGCCUUAUAAUCGAUGAAGCUGACCGCAUACUUGAGCAGAAUUUUGAGGAGGACAUGAAGCAAAUAUUCAAGCGCCUACCUCGGGACAGGCAAACUGUUCUCUUUUCUGCUACACAGACUAAAAGGGUUGAAGAUUUUGCGAAUCUUACGUUUGGGAAAAAUGAAGAAAGGCAACGAAAACUUGUUUAUGUUGGAGUUGAUGAUUCUGAAUUGAAGCCUACCGUUGAGGGCUUGCAGCAGGGCUACUGUGUCAUCCCAAGCGAGGAAAGGCUUCUGGUUCUGUAUGCUUUCCUAAGAAGGAUGCGGCUGAAGCAGAAGGUGAAGGUCAUGGUGUUCUUUUCAUCGUGUAGCUCUGUCAAAUUCCACGCAGAAUUGCUGAAUUUCCUUGGGAUAGAGUGUUAUGAUAUCCAUGGGCAACUGAAGCAGCAGAAACGCACUAGUACAUUCUUCCGAUUUUCCAAGGAGGAAAAGGGCAUCUUAUUAUGCACUAACGUGGCAGCACGCGGGCUUGAUAUUCCUGAUGUGGACUACAUUGUGCAAUUCGAUCCUCCAGAUGACCCAAAGGACUACAUUCACAGAGUCGGUCGUACUGCCCGAGGUGAUAAAGGCAAAGGACGUGCAUUGUUGUUCUUACUACCAGAAGAGAUGAAGUUGCUCAUUUACCUACGGGCGUCCAAUAUUUCUCUGACUGAACAUAAGUUCAAUGGAAAACAUGUGCCAAAACUGCAACCUCAACUUGAGAAGAUUGUUGCUGAGAAUUACUUCCUAAAGCAGUCGGCGAAGGAAGCCUACAGGUCCUACCUUUUGGCAUACAACUCACACUCUAUGAAGGACAUUUUUGGUGUCCAUCACCUUGAUCUCAAGAAAGUUGCGGCAUCUUUCUGUUUUAAUAACCCUCCUAAAGUGAAUCUGAACCUGGAGAGUAGUGCAUCGAAGCACCGAAAGAUGAGGAAAGUGGACGGUGGAAAGAGGCAUGGAAUUAGCCCUUCAAACCCCUAUGGAAGGAGAGGUGGCGAUGAUCGAAGGCAGUUUGUAAGAUUCUAGGAAGGAUGUAUCAGGGGGAUUUAAGAUCAGAUGCUGGAAGUCACCAUCUUUAAUUCUUCUGUUUUUCAUAGAUCUCUAGAUAUUACGUUUGGAUGUGAUUUGUGUUAAGUAGUUUCAGAAAAACCGAGACUGAUUUAUGUUGUUUGGAUUC